GCCUUUUAUCAUCAAAUGAAAACUGAUACUAUUCACCCUGCCCGGGACAGCUUUCUGAAUAAACGAGCUGACAUUCCGAUAAGGCAGAUUGAUCAUAGCAAGGUUGAUAAAGGCUGCUGGAAAGCAGAGUAUAUCCCGCGUCGAACAUGACAUUUUCCUGUCCUGCAACUUGAGAAGUUGGCAUAAGCAUGGACGACAACCUACCGUCAUAUGGAGAGGCAACGACUCGCGAUCAUUGGUCCAUCAUAGCAUCUUUUGUUAGAUCUGCGGACCUCUGCUCUGCGGCUUUAGUAUGUCGAGAGUGGAACAGAAUAUUCUCGCCAUUGUUGUGGGGCAAUCCUGCUUCUCACUUUGGCAGAGAGAAUGAUGCUGUCUACGUAGCCCUAGUGAGAUUCAAACGUACGCUUCUGUGGGCAAGACCAAGCACACGCGAGCAAACGCACACGCUGCAUUUCCCACCUGCGCAAGCCGAGAUAUACGGUGGCCCGCAUUCAGAAUGGUUGCGUGAUAUUCUAGACCGACUCCCUAAGCUUCAGUCUUUGGUUGUCUCCCAUCUGCCAUUCUUUGAUCACGGAGCGUUGUCAAGUUUAGUACGCCUCGGUCAAUCGAAUAAUGUUCAAGGACUAACCGCCGCGACUUACAACCUGCGUCUUCUUGAUGCGUCAUACUGUAAUAAUGUCACACCGCAUGCUUUAGCCGCUGCCUUGAAACUCUUUCCCGCUCUUAUCUAUCUCGACCUUUCGGGUACAUCAUCAGCUCGAUAUCCAGAAGUCCUCUCUAGCCUUGCAUACAUACCAGCUUUGCAGAUUUUGAAGUUGCAGAGACUAUUUUUGGAUGAUGAUGAGCUCAAUGUUCUAAUUAGAGCCAUUGGGAGGAAACUGCGCAGUUUAGACUUACGAUGGAAUCGUAUCACCGACCAGGGAGUUCGGAAUCUAAUUCAAGAUUCCAUCCGGCCUAAUAUGACUCUCAUUGGCUACGAGAGUCCUCAUCGAUUCAACACAAAACUGCAGCAGAUUCUAGAUAGCCACCAACAGGACGAAUUCAUUUGUGACCAGCUUACAAGUGGCUUCGUUACCUACCUUGGUAUUGAGUGCAUGUCUGGUCAAGGUCUUACACAUCUCUACAUUUCGAAUAACUUGGUGACCAUCGCUGGCGCAUCUGGCCUUCUUAAGUGUGCGCAGUUGCGAGUUUUGGACCUCGGUGACAUUGUCACAGAAACGCUGGUGAGAGGGCCAACAGAAUACGACACCCGACGCAUGUACCCUUCACUGCCGCGAGCAGAGAAUCUAAUUCCGAUCAUUGAAAAUCAUGCAGAAGGACUCACCUAUCUGAGAAUCAAUCAUGCUGUCGUCACUCAACCUGUACCAGCGAAGGACUGCAAAGUAGUCGAGAUGGACGGAACAACUUCGGCACUUCCGCCAAGAGGUGUUGUUGAGUUGGAUACAGCUCAGCAUGUCAUAAACGAAAUGCCAGACGACCGCCAGAAUGAGUUGAUUGCAGAUUUCACUGUUUAUGCGGAAUUGGAUGGUUCUCCUGUGACUACAAUUCCUCUCCACGAGCAGGUUUCGUCACCUGGAAUUCGCGUUCAGGAAAGCAUUAUUAAUGCGAACGUCAAUGCGGAACCAGCAUCAGUUGUGAGUCCUACUGUGGAUUCUUCUGGUGGAUUGUUCUCGCCAAUAUCGCCAAUGUCGCUGGAUAUGCCGAAGCCCUUGCAACUACAUCAUAGCUCUUCAGGUAGCCUUUUGAGGAUUCAAAUGGAGGGGACGUACACACCGGAGUCCUUAAGUGGCCUGGAAGUUGACGAGCGUACCAUUGAUACAGAUCUACCCGAAGUAGUACAAUACGAUCACCGAACAUAUUCAGGUGUUUGGGAUGAUCACGAAAGUCGACUGAGAUUUCGACGAUCGCAAACUCACGCUUUGCUCCCUGGAACACUUGGCAAUAUUCGGACACUUGUUCUUAGUAGCGUGCCAUCUAAGCCAGACACACCAGAAAUCGCUGCACGUAUUAUUGAUUUUAUUAAAGGUUGCGCCGAAGAAGAGCAAUGGGCUGAGCUGCUUGCUUCAGUCGGCUAUCAGCUCCCACCUGGACGAGACAGACGAAGUGCAGAACGUCAUUAUGCCCAUACACUCUUUCCACUAGAAAAGCUGGUUCUUGAAGUGGUAUCAAAGCAAGAUGGGGCAGACUCUCAGAGUGGCUGGAUUCGCCCUUCUUCUCAGUCGCGGAUGCUCUCAUCAACGCUUGAUCCGGAUUGCGAAACGUACUUGAAUGCGGCGAGGCACGAUUUCUCCUUUUUCGGAUCAGAAGAAUGUGGUCAGCCAGAUAGAGAAGGACUAGCACCUUUUCCUACUGCGAUAUUUCGAGAAAAGAUGACACAUGCAGAUGAUUGCCAGACUUUAAAGGGACACAACAAUACGGCAGGAAUUCAACGAGUGUAUGAUGUUAUUGGCGAUAUUUCAAGCUUUCGACAGGCAAAGAAAGAAGAGCAUAACUUUGCAUGUGGAAAUGGCCAUAUCGAUGGGUAUUGGAGUGGUACAAUUGAGGUAGUACGUCCCAUGCAUUGAUGAAGCUGCGCAGAUCAUUCUCCCGGGGCUUCUAAGUUGCGGGGAAAUUGUUAUCUUCAAUAUUGAUAUGAGAACAAGGCUCAAUAAUUUCAAUUGUAGUCUUUCUCACUGCUUUUGCGGUGCUGCAGAUGCCCCAGGCGCAACGCUUGCUAG